AUGAUAAACGAUGAUCAAUUGAAUACUUUGGCUAUCUCGUUGGGUCUGGUAAUGAUGGCUUUGAUAGUAGUAUACCACGCGAUAAGUUCGAGUGCAGGAAAAAGCGUGAAGGCAUAA